AGGGUUGCCACUUGCCACUCUUUAUUGAUAAGUUUGGAUAAGAAAGAGACUGAGAAUGCGUUUUGAACUUGUUGGUGUAUGUGCUUUAAUAUAUCACUACGAUUGGCUGUCUGAAAUAUGUGAGACUUAUAUGGUGGUACGUAGGAGUAAAACCCAAUUUCAGGUUUUUAUGUUUAUCUCCAUAAUUGGCACUUUUCAUGAUUUGAGGAAUUUGGAAUGCUCGUUUGCAGUAUCAGGUUCAUUGCAGUUUGAAUUUUUUCAGUUCACUUUGGGGAUGGUGGACAGGCUUUAGAUCUCUUCUGUGCUGGCAUGCUUGUACACAUAUUAUUCUUCCACAGUCUCACCAUUUUUGUUGCAGCCUGGAGUGAUACAGAGAUGGCAAUGAACCACAUCAAAUCCUUGAGAAGCAUUAUACCGACAAAAGAGAUUAUUUUGUCGGAGGGGCGGAGAACAUUUGCUGUUGGGAAGGCAAAGAAGGGUUCCAAAGGUGGCGGAGCAUCCGAUGCUCCAAAGGCGUCAACACUCAGCAAAGAAGUCAAGUCCACUACAGUUGUUGGUGCGAAUAUCCUCAAGGAUGGAGUGGACCCCAAAGUCUUGCCAGACUCGGAAUAUCCUGAUUGGCUAGGGCACCUACUCGAUAAAAAACCAGCAUUGAGUGAGCUGAGGAGGAAGAACAUAGAAGCUCUCCCUUACGAAGAUCUCAAGCGCUUUGUUAAGUUGGACAACCGUGCCAGGAUCAAGGAAAACAAUUCUGUCAAGGCAAAGAAUUGAUCAGAGUUUUGUAAGUCAUUUUCCCAAGUAAUGAAUACGAUGGCAAGGGAUUCACCAGACUCGAAGGGUUUGCAUACUUAUUCACACGACACAGAUGGUUUACAACUUAUUUGGAAGGGUUUGCGAACUUUUUCACAAGACAGAUGAUUUUCAGUCCAAAGCCACCUGAUUUUUAAAUCGUGUUUUGACUUUUGAUAACACGACUUUCAAGUUGUUUUCAUGACAAACUUAUUAGAAAACUUGCUGAAUUCCUUGUUUUUCUGUUUUUUUUUUUUUUUUUUCAUGGAGCAAUCUAGGUUUGGAAAUAAUUUGAGACCCCGUGGUUGAGAAAUUAAAUCCCUCAUCACUUGCUUGGGUUGAAUAAAACACUUGAACGAUGAUAUUAGGCGUGUUCUUUGCAUCAUAUCAGACAACAAACAGCUCAUUGGAUUGUUCAGAUUGGUCGAAAAUCACAUUGUAUUGCCCCUACCCAACGUACACAGCGAUGGCAUCAAAUUAGGUCUUCUCCUUUUCAAGGCGUCAAAUUAGGUCUUAUCUGUUGGUCAUCGCUUUCAUUCAUUGGCUCCACCAUUUUCACAGGCCUUUCAACCCAACCCAGGAAUAUGCUGCCAUCAUCCGUUGUUAUGCGAUAAGAGCAUGCAUCCUCUAGGAGGAUCGUAGUUUCAAAUCCGCAUCCCUCCAACCCCUACGUCGGCAAGGCUACCAACCGGAUUCUUAGUUUUGGGUUGUUCACCUUUGACAUGCAAAACGUGUAAGCUUUGGAAUAUGUUUAAGCGUAGCUGAUUUACCAUUCAAACAAGUGGGAAUUUUAUUUGGGCAGAUCACUUAAGAGCUUCAAAAUGUGCGAA